CCCCAGAACGAAGUGAUUGUUCCUGUUCUCUUUCUUAAGUCAUUUGAAACACUGUCCCUCCUUAUUUUCUAAAUCAACCACAGUUCCCUACUCAAGAAGCGACAGAAGCUGCCAAUUAGGAAGCAGGUACAGAACUUGGGCCACCAGAGCAGUGUCAGCAGCUGACACAAAUGCUUCCUGGAGCCUGUGCAGAUGCAUUUAAAGCAGAUUUGGCACAAAGGAGAUGAAUUAAUGAAGCUAGAGUAUGCAAGAGGAAUUAAAUGCGAUGAAGAAAGAGGAAGCUCCCUGCAAUAUGGAUGGCAUUCAAACCCUUCCCUUUCCCCACUGCUUGGACCCUGUUGUGAAGUCAGAUGUAGCUUCACCCCUCAAUGAAGAAUUCAGAGCACAGCUUGAAUCCCAGUUUGGAUAUGGCCCUUCCCCUGCAGAACUGCAGAACUUCCAGGGCUCCUUAGAAGGGGGAUCUCGCAAGCGUAAAAGCAUGCCCACGAAAAUGCCCUCUGCCGUCUCACCAGGAGAGCCCACCUCCCCGUCGCACAGGUCUGAAGACAUCCCCACUGCAGGUUCUCCUGACCUCCCUUUAAUAUUCCAGCACCACCACACACAGCCAAACUACAAUGCCCACAUGAUUGACCUGUGCAACAUUGGCUUUCAGUUCUACAGAACUCUGGAACACUUUGGAGCACAGCCUAUCAAGGAAGAACCCAUCAAGCCUAAUGUGCUCUGGCCCGGACCUGCCCCGUUUCUGCAGGUGCCCUAUCCAUACUAUCCUAAAGUUCACCCUUCUAUGAUGUUUCCAUUUCUUAUGCCCCCAGAUUUUCAUUUCAGGAGCCCUUUCCCGCUGAAAAGGCCUCCGGAGCCUCCCUUCUCCCGGAGGACGGAGUUAGGGGAACAAGCUGAAAGUAAACAAAAGGUGGAGAGGGUGGAUGUCAACAUUCAGAUCGAUGACAGCUAUUACGUCGAUGUGGGAGGGGAACAAAAGCGCUGGCAGUGCCCCAUGUGCGACAAGUCCUACACGUCCAAAUACAACCUGGUCACCCACAUUCUGGGGCAUAGUGGCAUCAAGCCGCACGCUUGCUCUCGCUGCGGCAAGCUUUUCAAGCAGCUGAGCCACUUGCACACCCACAUGCUCACCCACCAGGGCACCCGGCCUCACAAAUGCCAAGUGUGCCACAAGGCCUUCACCCAAACCAGCCACCUGAAGAGACACAUGAUGCAGCACAGCGACGUCAAGCCUUACAGCUGCAGGAUCUGCGGGAGAGGUUUUGCCUACCCCAGUGAGUUGAAAGCCCACGAGUCCAAGCAUGAGAGCGGUCGGGAGAAUAUUUGCAUUGAGUGCGGCCUUGACUUCCCCACCUUAGCUCAGCUGAAGAGGCACCUGACCACCCAUCGAGGCCCUAUACAGUACAACUGCACGGAGUGUGAUAAGACCUUCCAGUAUCCAAGCCAGCUGCAGAAUCACAUGAUGAAGCACAAGGACAUCCGCCCGUACAUCUGCACCGAAUGCGGCAUGGAGUUUGUUCAGCCCCAUCACCUCAAGCAGCACUCCUUGACACAUAAGGGUGUGAAGGAGCACAAGUGUGGGAUCUGUGGCCGAGAGUUCACGCUACUCGCUAAUAUGAAAAGGCACGUAUUAAUUCACACCAACAUCAGGGCCUACCAGUGCCAUUUGUGCUUCAAGAGCUUCGUGCAGAAACAGACGCUCAAAGCCCAUAUGAUUGUCCACUCAGAUGUCAAGCCCUUCAAAUGUAAGCUGUGCGGAAAGGAAUUUAAUCGAAUGCAUAAUUUAAUGGGGCACAUGCACUUGCAUUCAGACAGCAAGCCGUUCAAAUGUCUCUACUGUCCCAGCAAAUUCACCUUGAAGGGGAACCUCACCAGACACAUGAAAGUCAAACACGGAGUGAUGGAAAGAGGAUUUCGGUCUCAAGGACAUGGAAGGGAACGAAUAAGAACAUCACAAACAGAUGCCUCAAGGAGCCUGGAACAGGAAGAACCCUUUGACCUUUCCCAAAAAAGCCAAGGGAAAGGACUUUCAUUUCACUCUGAUGGGGAAAGUGCCAAAGGAAGCUCGUGUCAUGAGGAAGAUGAAGACAACUGCUAUGGGGUGGAGCCGCAGAGCCCUGCCAUGUAUCACAGCAACAGCAAGCAUGAUCUUUCCAGCCAAUCAGGACUCAAGAUGAAAGACUUCAGAGAGUCGUACUGUGAAGAGAAAGAGAAAAUGCUGGAUUCAAAAUGUGAGGAGAGGAAAGAGAACAACGGGAACCAGAGCCGAGGAGAAAGAGACUUUGCAAAUAAUGAUGGGAGGCAUAUGGGCUUUAGCCACUUUGAGAAUAAUAGACUCACUCAGUCUCUCUCUGACUACUUGUAUUUUCAACAUAGAAACAAGAGUUUGAAGGAGCUGCUGGAAAGGAAAAUGGAAAAGCAAACUGUUUUUCUGGGUAUCUAAAAGGACACAUGUAAACCUAGCGUUGGGAAAGAGAAGUUCCUUCAUAGUUUUCAUUACCAUGAGCUGUAAUCUAACAAGACUGGCAAAUGAUGAAAAAGAGAGUAAGCAUAAAUAAUUUAAGGCAAUUUUCAUCCGUCAUUCACUUGUCCCUAUUUUUAUACAAUAAUGUCAUAGAUACAAUGAUGUCAUAUAUAGCAAUCUAGUCUAUAAGCUUCUUUCCAAUUAUUUCCCCCAAGAUUCUGACCUGGUCCAUGCAUGCAGCACAGUGAAAUGAACGAGUCCUGGAAUAGUGGAAUAGAUUGCAUAUGAAGCGUCAUGAUUUGAAUGUUCUCCUGGAUGUGCUGUAACCUUCUGUUGUUGUUGUUUUAUUUACUUAAAGAUAUUGGCUAUUCCAUAUUUUUGCUCUAACUUUAUGGUGUUUUAACUGUCAGGUGUACCUUCCAGGACUCAAGUCUUGCUUGAGGAAUUCCCUUGGGCAUCUGGUUGGCCACUGUGAAAACAGGAUGCUGGACUAGAUUCUUCUUAAGUUUUUAUGGUCAAUGGACAUUUCAGCUUGCAGACCUGUGUGUGGCCUUUCAUUCCCUCACAGCAGCACUGCUACAGAACUAGCGUACUGUUUAGCAUUCUUCAUGGGAAGCCAUGGUGGUGUGAAACCAACAGAAGUCAGUAAUGUAGAUAUGGCCUUAGAGAGACAUCUGAAGUGCUCAGCAAAUUCAGAAUGCUUUACCUAAGAGCAGGCGGUACAUAACACAGAGAUUCUGGGAAGCCAAGUAGGAUUCUGCAAGGUACAGCAGAAUAGAGCAGACAAGUGGAAAACUCAAAGGAAAUAUUGAUCAUAGCUCAUGAUGAAAGGAUGUGGCUAGGACAACAAAGGGUAUCAGUAACAUGAUGAUCAAUUAACAAAUGGGUUUGGCCUUAGAACAGAUGACUCAGAUUGCUCAGAUGCAUUUGGAGACUAGUAAAAAAUAAAGAUCACCUGGGUCCACUGUAAAGCGCUAUGCAAUACAAAGGCAGACUUCUGAUUAUGUGAAGUAUAUCAACUUUUUUUAGGAUCUCCCAUUAUGUGAUAAAAGAUCAAGCAGGUCCCAAUUAAUUUCAUUAUGAAUUUACUCUGGUUAUAAUUUUGUCCCUUGCUCCCCGGCUCUCCUCAACGUGUUAUUUCUAAGUUAUUUGUCUCAGUCUGUUGCAGCCUCUCCUCUUCACUUCUCUUCUCUUCUCUUCUCUUCUCUUCUCUUCUUGAGACCUUUUUGCUGGUUCCAGUUUCUUUGCAUCUUCCUGUUUCCAUAGCGUUGCUGUAUUUGGCUGCUGAUCACAGGUGGGGUACCUGCAGCCAGGUCCCCUCAGCCCCAGCCUUCAUGUCCGAUGGUCAGAUGAGUUCAGAUAAGGUGGGAGUUCCAAACAUCUGGAGAGCCACCGGUCCCUCAUCCCUGCUGUAGACGGUGCAAAUCUGAAAAGUGCAAUUUAAAAUAUAGUAUUUAUUAUGCCAAGGAGUGUAUUUAAUAAAGUCUUGCCAAGUGUACAAUAACACAUUGCGUCUGCUUAGCUGAAUAGGAAAUAACAGCAUUAACAGUAUGUAUUCUUGUAUCUGUGCAUUGAUUUGUGUGUGUGUGUUUUAAACAACACCUGACAAGUAGGAUCCAACCCAAAUUCCAGUAUAUUUCUUGAUAGCCAGUAGCUCAUCUGAAAUGUUACAUGUCAAAUAUAUUUUGUUAAUUUAAAACAAACAAAUAAAUAUAUAUCAAAGGU